AUGACGCCUCAGCAGCCUCACAGUAUUCUGUUCGUGGGCGGUAUGGGUGACGGCCUCGGCACCUCAUCGUACACCUCUGAUAUUGUAUGCGCACUACAGCCAACGAAAUGGUCAUUCUUUACGCUCAACCUGUCCUCUUCUCACUCUCAAUGGGGCCUCGGACACCUUGCCAGAGACACUCAAGAGAUUUCUGAGUGCGUGGAGUACAUUAAAGACUACAAAACAGCGAAAUACGGGGAUCACAACAAGCUUGUCAUUAUGGGCCACUCUACCGGUAGUCAAUGUGUUUUGAACUAUCUGAGUCAGCCCAAUCCUAUCACGGCUGUGGCAAGCUUUGACCAUGAAUUAAAACACGGUUGCCGUCCUGUCGUUGAUGGUGCAAUCAUGCAAGCACCAGUUUCGGACCGAGAGGCGAUUCUGUCGGUUUUGAGGGACGGUUUUGCGGGUCGGUCGGCAGAUGAGCUCAAAGCUAUCUGGGGCAAGGCUGAACACUUUGCCAAGAGUGCUGUUAAAAGCGAGUCUCAGUCCAUUGAUACUGUGAUACCUUUGUGGAUGACCGCCCCCGUCUACUCAAACGUUCCGAUAAGCUGUCGUCGAUUUCUGAGCCUCACAAGUCCUGACAGCCCCCAGGAGCCUGGUGCUGAUGACAUGUUCAGCUCCGAUCUUUCUAAUGAAGAGCUUGGAAAAACCUUUGGAAUGGUUGCGGAGCGCGGGUUGCUGAAAUCGAAGUUGAUGGUGCUGAUGUCGGGCAGAGACCUGGCCGUCCCCGACUGGGUCGACAAGGAGCAGCUCCUGUUGAGGUGGAAAUGUGCGGCCAAUAAGACAUUCCCUGGCCAGACUUGGGAUGAAUCACACAGUGGAAUUAUCCCAGGAGCUUCGCACGCGCUCAGUGACCCAGACCAGGCUGAGCCACGAAGGUGGCUCGCAAACAAAAUCUUGUCUUAUCUCGGCACAAUAGAUGGCCAGAGCUCAUAG